AGUUCCUCCUUCUCAAAUCUACCUGUUACAUUCCACUAUACAACGCCAAACCUCGACCCGGCCUCAUCAUGGCACAGACAGAUUCAACACCACCGAAACCAUUCAGGGUAAUCGUUGUGGGAGGCGGAAUUGUCGGGCUGUCACUCUCACACGCCUUCCAACUCGCCAAUAUCGACCAUGUCGUUCUCGAAAAGUACGAUAAAAUCAUAUCGGUCAAAGGUGCGGCGCUGUUGAUCUGGCCAAGCGUAUCGCGCAUCUUCGACCAAUUCGGUUUUCUAGACAAGAUCCACAAGACGACUACACCCAUAAUGAAGGAGUACCAUCGAUGGCCAGAUGGGAGUCUGCACUCAAAACGAAACUCCUUGGUCAGGGUCUCUGAAAUCUUUGACCUACCAUCCAUCUUGUUCGACCGCCAGACGCUUGUGACUCAUCUGUACGAAAAUUUACAAGAUAAAUCAAGGAUCCAUACAAGCAGGCGGGUGGAUCGUAUCGAGCAUACUGAAUCCAGUGUCCGUGUCUUCCUUUCCGAUGGCUCUGUCGAAGAAGGGGACAUGGUCAUUGGUGCAGACGGCGUACAUAGUGCUGUUAGACAGCAAAUGUGGGGAUAUGCUAGCCAAGACGAACCAGAAACUAUCCCCGAGUCUGACAAGACAGCCAUGUUCACCGAAUUUGGAGGACUGUUCGGUGUCAGCGAGCUAAAAGACUCUUUUGGCCUAAGUCCUGCGGAUGCCCAUGUCAUAUACGGUCAUGGCGAUACCAAGCUGUUAUUCACACAACCAGGCGUAGCCUACUGGGCUAUUAUGUUCAAGGAAGAAUUAAGUCGGCCACCCCAGAGACGAAAAGCUAGCGAGGAGGAUAUCGAGGCUAUGGCGAAGCACUUCGCGAACACACCCUUCACUGAGAAUCUCAAGUUUAGUGCUUUGUGGGAGACGAGGUCAAGAUAUGGACUGUUGAAUAUCGAAGAAGGUAUCCUCUCGAAGUGGCAUGCUGGCAGGAUAGUACUGGUAGGAGAUUCAGCACAGAAGAUGACUGCGGAUCUAGGCAUCGGUGCGAACAUCGCUAUCGAAUCCGCCGUCAGCCUAUGCAAUAUCUUACACCGCGAAAUCAAAUCCGACCCCAACCGCCACCCUUCCAAGUCAGAGCUCUCCGCUUGGUUUAACGAAUACCAAGAAGAUCGGUUCAAUCGCACGAAAGAAUUUGUCGACCUCUCUGGAAAAGUUACUCGGAUGAACUCGUACCAAACGCUCUUUGGGAGAUACUUCCUUACCUACGUUGCGCAGUAUCUGAGCGAGAUACAGCUGUGGAAGUUUGCCGAAUCUUUCGCUGUGGCGCCGAAAUUGAACUAUGCGCCGGUGCGCACGAUCAAUGAGGAUACCGUAGGUUGGAGGCUUGCGAAGAAGAAAGGGGACAAGGCAAGCGUCAGAUGGUUGACAUAUGUCCUCGUGACUUCAACGGUCAGCGUCACAAUCGCAAUUGUGGCGAGGAACUUCCUUUACUCCUCUAAGAAGCUAUAGCCUGUUCUAUAUCAUUGAUAUCUUCGCCUAUCUAUCAUGGGCUCAUAAAAUGCAUACUCCUCUCUACGAGCAGACUCGUCAAAUACAGAUGUGGUCAGUCAGAGUCCCCAUUCUGGAUCAUAAUAAUCACAUCCCGGAUGAUGCAUCACCCCACCUCGGUUCUUCUUCGCAUACGGUGCAAGACACUGCCAACAGAACUCAUGCUUACAUCUCGAACAGGUCAUGUGGUCGCACCCAUAACUCUUCUCAAUAGUCUUUUUGCACCCGGGGCACUUC